UUCUAACCAAAGUUGCUACUGAGAAAGUGAUCAUUCUAAUAUAUAGCUAAAUAAAUGGCUCGAGCCAUGGUGCGCCUUGUUGUUUGUCUUUUCCUCGUUUUCAUGGUUGUUUUGGCCGAGGUAGCAAAUGGCCAAGGCAAUGGGAAUGGGAAUGGGAAUGGGAAUGGGAAUGGAAAUGGGAAUGGAAAUGGAAAUGGGAAUGGGAAUGGCAACGGCAAUCAGGUCGCCAAGGCAAAAUGCAAGGUGAAGUACUCGGCCUGCUACAAUCAGCAGUUCCCAUGCCCUGCCAGUUGCCCCUACUCAUGCUUUGUUGACUGUGUUACCUGCAAACCUGUUUGCAGUUGCGACAUUCCGGGGGCUGUGUGUCAGGACCCCAGAUUCAUAGGCGGAGAUGGAAUUACCUUCUACUUCCAUGGCAAGAAAGAUCGUGACUUCUGUCUUGUUUCUGACUCCAACCUCCACAUCAAUGCCCACUUCAUUGGCCGUCGGAACCCCAACUUGCACCGGGACUUCACCUGGGUUCAGUCCCUCGGUGUUCUCUUUGACACCCACCAAAUCUCUGUUGGUGCCCUCAAGACCUCUACAUGGGACGAUGCUGUCGAUCGUCUCUUCAUUACUUUCAAUGGUGAACCCAUCUUCCUUCCGGAAGGUGAAGGUGUUAAGUGGCAAUCAACCGUGGCACCAGGUGUUUCUAUCACUAGAACCAAGGACACCAACGCUAUCAGCGUUGAAGUCCAAGGGAACUUCAAAAUCACAGCAACAGUUGUCCCCAUCACCGAAGAAGAAUCCCGAAUUCACAACUAUGGCAUCACCAAGGAUGAUUGCUUUGCUCAUCUCGAGCUUGGCUUCAAAUUCUAUUCACUCAGUGAUGACGUGAACGGUGUGUUGGGUCAGACAUACAGGAGAGACUACACCAGCAGGGUCAAGAUAUCAGCUGCAAUGCCGGUGAUGGGUGGUGUGCGUGAAUUCUCCUCAACCGAUCUCUUCUCCACUGAUUGCUCAGUGGCUCGCUUCCGACGAGGACAGUUGCCAAUAAUCGGUGCUUCGGAAUAUGCCAGUAUGGAGUGUGGAAGUGGCAUAAGUGGUCGCGGAAUUGUUUGCAAGAAGUAGAGAAAAGAAGAGAUGGAUUAAUAUGAAACUGCUGGUACAAACCGAUAUAAGUGUGUGAGCGUGUGUUGCUGUUCGUGUUUGCUGUUUUGUGUGUUUAUGUUUGUGUUCAUGUGCUUCUGUUUGCUAGUUAAUAAUAAAGCAGAAACAUGCAUGUAGUAAGUAGCCCUUACAGUACCAAAAAAGAAAAAAAGGGUAGUGCCUAGCUAGCUGGUUCAAAUGAUUGAGCCAGCAGCACAUAUACUAUUGAAGACCUGAUGUAAGAGAUGUGCAUUCUAGACCAAAAAUGCAUCUACAUUGGCUACUUCAUACUAUCAAAUAAAUGGAUGGUUUCCUAAGAAUACAAUUAAUUAUUCUUGCUUAAUUUUGGACCAUUCAAA